UCUGUAUAGGGAAUCAAAAGGUCAUAAGAGUCUUUACGAUGCAUUGACGAAUAAUAACGGGCUUGUUAGGGUUCUAUCUAACUCAAAAGUCUAGAUCAUUUCGAAUCCCCAGAGGUGAAAAUUGGGAGAGGUGAAAACUGAAAAGAAACCAGAAGAGCCAGAGAUAGAGAAAGUGAUGGAGAUCCAAAUUGGAAAACUUUCACAGUUCUUAGUAGAAGGAGCACUCUUAUUUGCUAUCAUCUUCCUUAUCUAUCCACUCUCUCAAGCUUCAUCGAUUCCGAUUGUUUCUUUGCCCCAACCUGCUCUCUCUUCCUUCAAGAUUAACUCCACCACUCAAACCUACACGAAUGGCGGUGGCUGUACUUUUACAGUGUCAAUAAGAACAAGUUGCUCUUCCCCUUACCUAACGGAGGACCAAAUCAGCCUUUCCUUUGGUGACGCUUAUGGAAAUCAGGUAUAUGCACCGAGGCUUGAUGACCCAUCUUCCCGGACAUUUGAGAGGUGCUCAUCGGACACGUACGAGAUAAAAGGUCCGUGUACAUAUGACAUAUGCUAUUUGUACGUGUACCGGAGCGGAUAUGAUGGGUGGAUACCAUAUGACAUUACAGUGUCCGGGUAUUACACCCGGCCAGUGACUUUCCGCUAUAACGUCCCUAUACCCUCAAACAUUUGGUAUGGUUUCGACUAUUGUUCUGGUGGUGGACGCAGUGGUGGUGGUACCACCAUUAAGGCCGGCUGGGUUUGGAGCUUAUUGUCGGUUUUUAUGACGUUCUGGUACACUGUCGUGGGUCAAGUUCAGCACUGGUUAGCUUGAUUCAGUUGAUUGCAUUUGUGUACUUUCCAACAAGGCCAUUCUAUUCCUACUAAUGAGUAGUGUGUAUUAUAACAAUCUGAGGUUGAAGACACCCUUUCUUUUCAAAAAUUAUUGUUAUUGUUCUGCUUGUUUGUUAUUAAUCAUUGUAUACUUUCCACUUUCUUUUUCAUGUGCAACGCUUUGGCUUUGUAUGCGUGACAUACUAUACAUUGACUAGUUUUGAGUGAUAUAUGGAAUGCAAAUCAUAUAGAUGUACAUUUU